AUGGACAACGAACAGGACGUGCCGGCAACCAAGCCCAGGGUUUUUCAAGCCUGUGGUCCAUGUGGAAUGCGGAAGACAAAGUGCGAUGGAAACACUCCUUUCUGCAAGGUGUGUGUAACACGAGGUCGCGAAUGCUUCUAUUCUGGUCCACGACGCGAUAAGAGGAAAAGGACCGAAGAUCCGGAUGCCACCACCGAAACACCAACGAAUCACCAUACAACAGUAUCGAUACCUUCAAGUACAGAACAAUCUCGCAGUCCUACGACUCUCCAAACCCGUUCUGCUACCUUGUUUAGGUUUAGGACCUCGCAGGGAGAAGAGAAUACAAGAAGCUCACCAUCGACCGUAACCAUCAACCGAACCGUACCCUCUUACGAGCCAUCUCCUCAGCAACGUCCCCCGGAGCUUGAUGUGAGCUUGGAAGUUGCUGCAUAUUUAUUCGCUGUCUACUUCAAUGUUAUCCACCCGGUCUGGCCUAUCCUGUACAAACCGCUAUUUGAUAGCACAGACUUUAAUGGCAUUGUGCAAUCGAUGUCGAAGUCUUUGUUGUAUGCAAUCUGUGCGCUUGCAGCAUGCGUCACGGAAGAUAAUUCGAAGGCGCCAAGUUCCAGACCGGGUUUAAUACCAAAACCUUGGGCCUUUUACAAAGCGGCGAUGCUUGCACAACAGAUAGAAGGAACCCCGGACAAGAAUGACUUGGACCGUCUCCGCCCAUUCCAAUUAUUACGAUCUUCGGUAGCCAGUUGCCAAACAUUCACAAUUCUGGCUCUUCAGCUACGUGCCUUGGGCGAGUCUGCGCAUGCGUACACAAUCUUCAGCAGAGCAGCUGCCAUGGCUUUCAACUUAAAUCUCCACAAACAGUCACCUCUUGAAACAGAUUCGACUGAAGUUCAGGUCAGAUCCAGACUUUGGUCGAACAUGUACAUUCUUGACAAGAUGCUUGCCUGUGAGCUUGGAAGACCUGUUCUACUCCCACUAGACUAUUCACUUCCUGAUCCAUUCUCACCAAUGGAGUCUGAUGAAUAUCAAUUGUUGAAGAUGAAAAUUGGCUCUGACGAAUUAGUCUCUGUCAAGGCUUACACGGUGAGUGGGCUCUCGAUGACAAUGCAACUCUCAGAGAUACUCGAGCCAGUCUUGCGCAAGGUUUACUCCUUCAGGGGUCGGAAAUUCACCAAGGAAAACUUGGAGUACGCAGGUUCCCUGCGUACCCAAGUUUGGGAAAAUCUCAAGCGUUAUGAUGAAAAGUUCAAAGAAUGGAUGAAUUCGCUCAAUCAACAAAGCACAAGCCAACCCGUUCCAACGCCCGCGUCGGUCACGUGCUUGGUAUGGUUCUGGACUGUCACGAUCAUGUUGCAUCGUCCAUUUUACCACCACUGGUCGGCCCAUACGGAUCUUGAGGACGAUCCUGAAAGUAAAGAAAACCAUCCUCGUGAAGUUUGCCGCAAUGCAGCUUCACAAAUUUGUGAGAUUGUUGAAGAUCUUGUGCCAGAUCUUUCAAGAUAUCCUUGCAAUUUAUUGUUUCCCAUAUUUAUUGCGGGAAGCACAUUGUCGCAUUAUAUUACGUUUCUGAAAGAGGAAAACCGGGUCCAAGAAGCCACCCCGAACGAGGAGUUACGGGACAAGUGUGUUAUCUGGCUAUCUAUCAUUGGUCGUAAUAUAGAGGCGGCUGGAGAUUUCGACGCGAGAAUGAUUUCAGAUCCGAAUUACUCUUCGACUUCAGAGCGGGCCACUAAGCCACAUGAGCCAUCAGCUCAAGCUUCGAUCCUACACUCCACCGCUGCAACCGCGAAGACUGGGGAUACGGAGCCCUCUGCGCGUUCCUCAGGACCGAGGCAUCCUGCUCCGUCACUUCAGCAAUCGACGGCUCCCGCGAGUACUUAUAAUUGGGACUUCCUGAACUCGCUGGGAGAUUCAACCGAUGCAUUGUAUGCAUGGGAUGAAGAGUUCAAGAAGGGCCUGAGAGAGGGGACGAUUUCGAUCACGGCAGGAUGGUAA